AUGGCAGCGGAACCAUCUGCCCGCGAUCAGAAUGUAUAUUUGGGAAAGUUGGCUGAACAGGCUGAGAGGUACGAGGAAAUGGUUGAGUUCAUGGAAAAGGUUUCAGCUUCUUUGGAAUCUGAGGAACUUACCAUCGAAGAGAGGAACCUUCUAUCUGUAGCUUACAAAAAUGUGAUCGGAGCUAGAAGGGCCUCUUGGCGUAUCAUUUCUUCCAUUGAACAGAAGGAAGAGAGCCGUGGGAACGAGGACCAUGUCUCAAUUAUCAAAGAUUAUAGAUCGAAGAUUGAGUCAGAACUUUCUUCGAUCUGUGAUGGGAUUCUUAAGCUGCUUGAUUCCAGGCUCAUUCCAUCGUCUUCAUCAGGAGAUUCUAAAGUAUUUUAUCUCAAGAUGAAAGGCGAUUAUUAUCGUUAUCUUGCUGAAUUCAAGAUCGGUGAAGAGAGAAAGGAGGCAGCUGAGAAUACCCUCACAGCAUAUAAAGAAGCUCAGGAUAUCGCAAAUACAGAGCUGGCUCCAACACAUCCCAUUCGUCUAGGACUCGCUCUUAAUUUUUCGGUUUUCUAUUAUGAAAUUUUGAACUCUCCUGAUCGUGCUUGCAAUCUUGCAAAGCAGGCCUUUGAUGAAGCAAUUGCUGAGUUGGACACUCUAGGGGAAGAGUCUUACAAGGACAGUACAUUGAUCAUGCAGCUCCUUAGGGACAACCUUACUUUGUGGACCUCAGAUAUGCAGGUAAUAAUUUUUUUUAAACAAUAA